AUGGUGCAGUUCACCCAGCUCGUCGCGGCCCUGUCCGCCCUGGCCACCACCGCCGUCGCGGCCCCGGCCGCCGGCCCCGAGAACGAUCCCAACGCCGCCCUCAGCGCCAAGAUGCAGAACCUCGCCGCCCGCGGCAUCCCACAGGGCACAGGCACCAACAACGGCUUCUUCUACUCCUUCUGGACCGACGGCGCCGGCCAGGUCAACUACAACAACGGGCCCGGCGGGCAGUACAGCGUCCAGUGGAGCAACGUCGGCAACUUCGUCGCCGGCAAGGGGUGGAACCCGGGCGCCGAGCGCGUCGUCAACUACACGGGCACCUGGAACGCGCAAAACGUAAACAGCUACGUUUCGCUCUACGGCUGGACCAAGAACCCGCUCGUCGAGUACUACAUCGUCGAGGCCUUCGGCUCCUACAACCCGUCCUCGGGCACGCAGAAGCUCGGCAGCGUGUCGUCUGACGGCGGCACCUACGAUGUCUACAAGACGACGCGCGUCAACCAGCCCUCCAUCGUCGGCACGGCGACCUUUGCCCAGUUCUGGAGCGUCCGGCAGGGGCGCCGCGUCGGCGGCCAGAUCACCAUCAAGAACCACUUUGACGCGUGGAAGAAGGCCGGCCUGAACCUCGGCGCGCACGACUACCAGAUCCUCGCCACCGAGGGGUACCAGAGCAGCGGCUCCGCCCAGAUCACUGUUGCCGGACCCUAG